UACCAGAGCUCGCUGACAAGGGCCCUUGCUCGAAGUAAAUGAAUGGUAAAAACGCGCCUGUGACAUUCUGUCGGAAGUCAUAGUUAUAUGUAAUUGAAGGCCAGUGAACACACCAUGUCACCCUCGUGUUUUUCGUACGAGAUUUGGACCCGACGCGCAGCUGCAGUGCGGUUUCAGGCUGCAAUACCCUAGCCCCAUGUAAUUUUGGGACAGGGCCUCAACCUCACCAUGGCCUUCUAGCUGGCCGUUAAAUUCCUGGGAUCGCUGAGGACUCACCAUAUCAUUUCCCUCGCACUGGCAGGUCUGUAGUGUGCGAGUAUUGCAGUUUCAGCUCGCUGACGAGAUGGGGCAGUGGUCAUCAUCUUUUGUUAUCCGCCCCCCCGGUCAUGGAGAUGAAUCCGCGUCUCUGAACAAUCGUGCAGUCAGCCUUCAAUACAGAUUCCUGCAGCGGGGCAUCAUGUCUGACCUCGAUGAGGCCAUCGAGCUCCAUCGUGCUGCAUUACUCCUCCGUCCACCCGGUCAUUCAGAAAGAUCUAUGUCUGUGAAUAAUCUUGGAGUCAGCCUUCAACACAGAUUCCGGCAGCGGGGCAUCAUGUCUGACCUCGAUGAGGCCAUCGAGCUCCAUCGGGCUUCAUUACUCCUCCGUCUCCCCGGUCAUUCAGAUCGAUCCGCGUCUCUGAACAGUCUUGCUGUCAGCCUUCAAGACAAAUUCCUGCAGCGGGGCAUCCUGUCUGACCUCGAUGAGGCCAUUGAGCUCUAUCGGGCUGCAUUACUCCUCCGUCCUGCGGGUCAUGCAGAUCGAUCCGCGUCUGUGCAUGAUCUUGCUACCAGCCUUCAACACAGAUUCCUGCAGCGGGGCAUCCUGUCUGACCUCGAUGAGGCCAUUGAGCUCCAUCGGGCUGCAUUACUCCUCCGUCCUGCGGGUCAUGCAGAUCGAUCCGCGUCUGUGCAUGAUCUUGCUACCAGCCUUCAACACAGAUUCCUGCAGCGGGGCAUCAUGUCUGACCUCGAUGAGGCCAUCGAGCUCCAUCGGGCUGCAUUACUCCUCCGUCCCCCCGGUCAUUCAAAUCGAUCCGAGUCUCUGAAAAAUCUUGCUGACGGCCUUACAAUCAGAUUCCGGCAGCGGGGCAUCAUGUCUGACCUCGAUGAGGCCAUCGAGCUCCAUCGAGCUGCAUUACUCCUCCGUCUCCCCGGUCAUUCAAAUAGAUCCGCGUCUCUGAACGGUCUUGCUGUCAGCCUUCAAGACAGAUUCCUGCAGCGGGGCAUCAUGUCUGACCUCGAUGAGGCCAUUGAGCUCUAUCGGGCUGCAUUACUACUCCGUCCUCCGGGUCAUUCAGAUCGAUCCGCGUCUGUGCAUGAUCUUGCUACCAGCCUUCAACACAGAUUCCGGCAGCGGGGCAUCAUGUCUGACCUCGAUGAGGCCAUCGAGCUCCAUCGGGCUGCAUUACUCCUCCGUCUCCCCGGUCAUUCAAAUAGAUCCGGGUCUCUGAACGGUCUUGCUGUCAGCCUUCAAGACAGAUUCCUGCAGCGGGGCAUCAUGUCUGACCUCGAUGAGGCCAUUGAGCUCCAUCGUGCUGCAUUACUCCUCCGUCCUCCGGGUCAUUCAGAUCGAUCCGCGUCUGUGCAUGAUCUUGCUACCAGCCUUCAACACAGAUUCCUGCAGCGGGGCAUCAUGUCUGACCUCGAUGAGGCCAUCGAGCUCUAUCGGGCUGCAUUACUACUCCGUCCUCCGGGUCAUUCAGAUCGAUCCGCGUCUGUGCAUGAUCUUGCUACCAGCCUUCAAUACAGAUUCCGGCAGCGGGGCAUCAUGUCUGACCUCGAUGAGGCCAUCGAGCUCCAUCGGGCUGCAUUACUCCUCCGUCCUGCGGGUCAUGCAGAUCGAUCCGGGUCUCUGAAAAGUCUUGCUGCCGGCCUUACAAUCAGAUUCCGGCAGCGGGGCAUCAUGUCUGACCUCGAUGAGGCCAUCGAGCUCCAUCGAGCUGCAUUACUCCUCCGUCUCCCCGGUCAUUCAGAUCGAUCCGCGUCUCUGAACGGUCUUGCUGUCAGCCUUCAAGACAGAUUCCUGCAGCGGGGCAUCCUGUCUGACCUCGAUGCGGCCAUUGAGCUCCAUCGUGCUGCAUUACUCCUCCGUCCUCCGGGUCAUUCAGAUCGAUCCGCGUCUGUGCAUGAUCUUGCUAUCAGCCUUCAACACAGGUUCCGGCAGCGGGGUAUCAUGUCUGACCUCGAUGAGGCCAUUGGGCUCCAUCGGGCUGCAUUACUCCUCCGUCCCCCCGGUCAUUCAGAUCGAUCCGGGUCUCUGAAAAGUCUUGCUGCCGGCCUUACAAUCAGAUUCCGGCAGCGGGGCAUCAUGUCUGACCUCGAUGAGGCCAUCGAGCUCCAUCGGGCUGCAUUACUCCUCCGUCUCCCCGGUCAUUCAGAUCGAUCCGCGUCUCUGAACAGUCUUGCUGUCAGCCUUCAAGACAAAUUCCUGCAGCGGGGCAUCCUGUCUGACCUCGAUGAGGCCAUUGAGCUCUAUCGGGCUGCAUUACUCCUCCGUCCUGCGGGUCAUGCAGAUCGAUCCGCGUCUGUGCAUGAUCUUGCUACCAGCCUUCAGCACAGAUUCCGGCAGCGGGACAUUAUGUCUGAUCUCGAUGAGGCCAUCGAGCUCCAUCGUGCUGCAUUACUCCUCCGUCCCCCCGGUCAUUCAGAUCGAUCCGGGUCUCUGAACAGUCUUGCUGCCGGCCUUACAGUCAGAUUCCGGCAGUCGGGCAUCAUGUCUGACCUCGAUGAGGCCAUCGAGCUCCAUCGGGCUGCAUUACUCCUCCGUCUCCCCGGUCAUUCAGAUCGAUCCGCGUCUCUGAACGGUCUUGCUGUCAGCCUUCAAAGCAGAUUCCGGAAACGGGGCGUCCAGUCUGACUAUGAUGAAGCAUUUGACUUGUACUCUCAACUCUCCCACCUAUCCCAUGCAGCAUCUCGCACAGAUCUUGGUGCUGCCAAGUCAUGGGCGUCCUCCGCCUACGUCCUCAAUCACCCGUCUGUAUUGCUUGCUUAUCAGGUUGUUGCGCUCAAAUUCUUAGACCAGCAAGUUGCUCUCCUCUCGUCUUCUUCCCAUCACUUCAGCGCCAUCAGGGAAGCUGUUUCUUCCCUCGCCACCGAUGCUUUUUCGUGCAGUGUUCAUCGUGGCGCGCUAACCACUGCGGUGGAGCUGGUGGAGCAAGGUCGUGCAGUAUUCUGGACACAGCUGGCACGCUUCAGCACGCCACUCGAUGAACUUUCUCGUUCAGGUGACAUCGGCACGGCUUUGGCAGAAGAGUUCAAACGGUUGAGCUUUUGCCUUCGUAACGCCUUUGAUCAGUCUGCUGAAGAUCAGUCUCCGCAAAUCCGACAACUGACCAUGCAAUGGGAUGAUGUCGUCACACGCAUUCGCAUGCUCCCCGACUUUUCACGCUUUCUUCUGCCUCCACUGUUUUCUUACCUCCAGAGGGCGGCUGAAGAUGGUCCAGUGAUCAUUGUCAAUGCUAGUCAGUAUGGCUGCGAUGCCUUGAUUGUCCGUAAAGCGGAAGAUCCUGUCCAUGUCCCGCUUGACAUCACACAGGCUGAAGUGUUCGAAUUCUCAUCCGACUUCCACACACUCGCAGAGCAGUUUGGUUCUUCUGAUAAUAUUCAACUCAAGCUUGUUGGCAUGCUUCGCAAGCUUUGGAAUGAUGUCGUUGGCCCCGUCGUCCAAGCUCUCAGGGAAUUGAAUGCUCGCCCUGGUUCGCGUAUAUGGUGGUGUCCCACUGCAGAGUUCACGCUGCUUCCCCUCCAUGCAGCAGGACCAUACGAGCCGAAGAAAAAAAAUUUGUCUGACAUUUACAUCUCAUCUUACACCCCCACUUUGACGACUCUCGUUCGUGCCAGAAAGCAGCCUGAGGGCUCUCGAGAUGCGUCGUCGCAACAUUUUGUUGCUAUCGGUCAAGGCAACCCAGUCAACGGGAGGGAGCUUAAAUGCGUCGCUCCCGAGCUAGCCGCCGUCGCUCAGCAUGUUACUCCCAUCGUCUCCUUCACAUCUCUUGAGGAUGCCAACGCGACAGUCGACAAUGCACUCGGUGCACUCGAUCAUAAUCAGUGGCACCAUCUUGCCUGCCAUGGAAUGCCGAAUCGGAAGCAACCGUUCGAGUCUUCCUUUGCCAUGCGCGACGGACCUUUGAUGAUCAAGGACAUCAUUCGAUCCCACUGGCAGAACCCGCAGUUUGCAUUCUUAUCGGCCUGCCACACUACCGUUGGCGACGAGAAGAGUCCCGAUGAGUCGAUCCAUCUCGCUGCAGCUAUGCAAUUCUGCGGAUUUCGCAGUGUGAUCGGUUCCAUGUGGUCUGUUGAGGACGAGGUUGCACGCCAGGUCGUGUCUGCUUUUUAUGGCAACCUCAUUGAUGAUUCAAAAAGAUUGGACUGCACACGCGCUGCGGUAGCGCUGCACAAGUCCGUGAAAUCAUUGCGCAAGAAGAUUCCAUUAGAGCAACAGAUUGUAUUUGUUCACAUAGGUGUGUAGUUAGAUUCGAUUCGUUAUGUUAUUCCAUUUUCUGUA